AUGUGGCUGAGUUGGAUGCUGCAGAGGCGCUCCGGCGGCAGUACGAUGGUGCCCCAUACCCCAAUUGCCCUGGUGGUAGUUCCGUUCCCCUACAGGAAAGAGAUGCGAGUUGCUUUGAGCGACAUUGUUAUCCUCAGUAUUAUUCUCAUCACCCUCAACAACAGCAACAGCCGCCAUCGCAGCAAUGAGGGCGGAGGCGAACGCAUUUAUUGCAAAACUAAUCUCUGCACUGGGAGGAGUGUGUAA